AUUGCUUGGCGCUAGAGCUUCUCGAUACGACAUCAUCUGCAACUCCCUACCUAGUUCGACCCCAACUCUUUCUCUAGUCAAUCCAACCGAUCAGUCCCUUGGAACCCUCAACCAGCGACUGCUGCCCACCAUGCGUUCAGCCAGCAACUCCCUGGUGGGACUCGUUCUUAUCCUGCUGUCUGCACCAAUGCUGGUGUAUUCAGCCCUCACGAUCACCAUUCCCUCAUCCAGUCUGCUCCCCAAUCCCCACGCUCUCCCCGCUGGAACUCAUGCGACGUUGUCCACGCUUCCCUCCUCGCCCUCCUCGCCCUCGCAGCUGACUGCAUCCCUCACUCGCUCCGCGACAUUCGUCUUCGCCAAUAUCCCUGCCCAAUCGAAGCCCCAAUCCUACCUGCUCGACAUCCGCUCCCCGGAUUUCAUCUUCGCCCCGUACCGCGUAGACAUUGCCGCUGAUGGAACCGUUCUCGGGAUCUGGGAGACAUUCCGCGCGAACCCUUGGGACAACCGAGGCUCGGAGAAGUACAUCAUAGAUGCCACUACUGCUGUUGGGCAAGAUGGAGCUGUCUCUGCCGCAACCACGCCCGACGUGACUGUCGAGGCCCGAGUCCUUGCCCGGAGAAAUUUCUACGAGGAACGCCCCCGGUUCUCGCCCUUGGCGCUGUUCAAGAAUCCUAUGAUCCUACUAGCUUUGGUCGCUCUGGGCUUUACAUUCGGCAUGCCGAAGUUGAUGGAAAACAUGGAUCCCGAGAUGCGUGCCGAAUUCGAGAAACAAUCUCGCUCCUCCCCGAUUACGGGCGCCACACGCAGCGCCAUGGCCGGCGGCGGAGCGCCCGGCACUUUCGACUUGGCGGGGUGGAUGGCUGGAGCCACUCCCAGGCCCGCCCCUGGUGCUGACGGAGUUGCUGCGUCGGGCAGAGAUAGUGGGAGUGCUUCUCGGAGGAGAGCAUAGAUCCCCCUUCACCUCGCUUUAUCUUGACUCAACGAUGGCAUGGACCAGCUACGCUUCACGAACCAUUUUGCCUUGCGCCCGGGAAAGAAGCUCAUUUAGAAUCCGGCU